AUGGACUCUACAACGACGCUCGUCAACCCCACUCCGCCUACACCCUACUUCCUAACCAGUACUGAUUCAAAGACUGCCACAUUUUACGCGCACCCUGGUAUUCCACUGUACACGAUCACCGACGAUGGGAAACAAAUGAUAGUCAACGACCGUCGUACUCCUGGUCGGAUUGCUGCCAUCUUCCACCAGCGAGAAAUUCUCCCAAAUACCAUUUCAUUCCCAGAACGGAAUGGUAACACACCGAUCAGCGUGCAAAAAUGGCUCCGAAAAACCAAGCUUGCAGACGGAACAACUGCUUUUGUCAUGGGGACCGAUUACGGGCCAUACGUGUGGAAGAUGAUCUCGAGCCAUCGUCAAAAGGUUUACGCUCAAUAUGACUUGGACAGACCAAUAGCGUCAUGUUCAUUUCAUGCCACAGUGUCAAAUGGAAAGCCUGCAUUUUUACUGGAAUAUGACGCAGAGCCUUUACGGGAAGAUAUUCUACUGGCUUAUCUGCUCCAGAGGCAACGAGUAAUAUCAGAAGACAGGCUUAUCAAUGUCUUUGUAGGAUCCAGUGGGGUGGACAAGACUUCAUAA